CUGCUGAACUCACUCCGGCUUUCAAUUGAUUUUGUUCUUUCGCGGUGUCAAGUCUGAGUACCGUUUUUCUCUGUCUGCCCGUCAUAAAUUGAAAAUUUCAAGAAAAGUGUCUCAGUUUUUUCAAGUGUUUCCUCAUCAAGAAAAACUCCGCUGUUUGAAUAUUUGUAACGAAGCAUCCCAGAAGCAGAGCUAAAUCUCCCAAAUAAUGGCUUAUCGCAACAAUAAUAAUCGUCGCAGCGGAGGUGGUGGCGGCUAUGGCAACAACUAUGGUGCCGGCCGGAUUAAUCCUUGGGACACCAGUGUGGGCGGGGGCCGUACUAAUACUGACGCCCUCACGCUAGCUAAUAGUCUGAUCAAUAAUUUACUCCGCAAUCAAAACCAGAACAAGGUUCCGCCGUCACUCCUGGAUGGCGUCCAAUCGUCCCGAUUCGAUGAUAUGAAUGGAUUCAACUUCAUACGGAACCGGUACGGAAAUAACCGUAACAAUCGCGGCCCUCAAAGAGGCGGUAUCCGUAAACCGGAUGCUUUUUCUCGUUCCAAGAAUGUUCUGGCCAAAAAUUCCCAAAAUAAAAAGAAAAAUGAUAAAGACGCCAGUUCGUCCUCCAGCAAGCGUGAGAGCAGCAACAACAACAACAAGCAGGGAGCAAAUAAGAAGGGUAACUCGAGUGCUACCGGAAGCGGCAAGCAGUCGAAACAAUCUCCGUAUGCCGAUGUUUCGAACGAAUGCCUGUACUGUCAUAUGUGCGACAAGCAUAUGUACGAUGCAACAUCGUUCGAGAAUCACAUCACUGGACGAACCCAUCGGGUAAUGAAGGAAAGCAUCGAAGAAAGCUAUCGCAUGCGGGCAACUCUGCUCCGUCAGGAAGCUCGCAUCGCCGAGCAGUUGAAGACCAUCGAGAUCGAUCGUCUGAAGCGUAUGGGCAAGGCCAAGAACUACUCGAAGAUGCGCGAGUAUUGUCCAAUGUGUGAGCUUUUCUUUUACGGUCACAUCAUUGCUCAUCGUCGCUCGGAGAAGCAUUUGGACCUGAAGAGGUUCCUGCACCCCAAAUGCGAUGACUGUGAGCUAGAGUUCCAUAACAGGACCGAGUACGACGACCAUUUGCUCUCUGUAGUUCACAUGAAGAAUUGCAAGACUAAGCCGAGUCGACUUGACAUCGAGAGGAAGACAAAACAAUUGGUUAUUUCCACUGCUGCUGAUGAAUUACUAGAUAUUCGUGAAGAAACGGCCCCGAAAAAUAAGAAGAAGGACAAAGAUGCUGCCUCUUCGGCAGCCAAAAAAACCGAACAGACAAAAACCUCGGCAGUUGCAGGUGAGUCCGGCGAGAAUGGCGAAGCUAAGGCUGACUCUACAACAGCUGACGAGAAGCCCGCCGCAGAAGAUGGCGCUGCAGAGGAAUCCAAGCCUGACGACGACGUCCCAGAGGACGAAAUUGUCAAGGAGGAGGAGAGUGAAGAUUGUAUCCUGGACUACAAGGUCGGAGAUGAGAUUGCGCCAGAGAUUGAGAACAAGUUGCCACGUUACAACAAAAACCGUGCGCUUGGUGUGAGCCUAAUUGGCAAUCUCGAGUGCAUCGAGUGUCGUAUUUGUCACAAAUUCUUCGACUCCGAGGCUACCAGCGAAAUUCACUCUCGCACACACUCGCAUUACCGUGCGUUCAUUCGCUUCCUGAACGAGAAAGCCCUGGAGGUUCGCAUCGCUCAGAAGCGCGCCGCCGUACGCCAGGAAGAGGCUGAGGCCGCUAAGAAGUUGAAACUUGCCGCCGAAGAGAAGAAGGCCGGCGAGAACGGAGAUGCUGAAAAGAAGGAUUCUGAAUUGUAUGAUCCUUCAGAGGCUACCGAAGAAGAAUCCGGAGAUGCCAGCAUGGCCGACGAUAGCAAGAGCGAUGAGGCCAACGGUCACAGCGAAUCUCAGGUGGAACCAAUGGAAACGGAGGGCGCCGAAGCGAAUAAGGGCGAUAACGCUUCAGCGGACGAGAAAUCGACCGCUUCAUCCGGCGGAGAGGCAACUGCUUCCGGAAAAACUGGCGAUGAUGCUUCCAAGGAGGAAGCCAAGUCAGAAAAGGAAGAGCAGAAGACUCCCGCAAAGCAAACCGCACGACGAGGACGCGCCGCACGUUCCGGUCGACGUUACUAAAACACAAAAAAAAAGUUUUAAACUCAGAUUGAACAUAUACUUUUAGCUUUCGAUCAAUGAAUUAGAAGAUUUUUGUGAGAAGGCGACACUUUCCAGUCAUUUUCUGGAAUUCUACAACAAAAUAGUUCAAUCCAAUCUACAAUGAACAAAAAGUUUUAUUAACAAAUUAAAUUAUUUUCAACUAACACCAUGCAUGCAAAGGUUUGAAUUGAUACAGAAAUUUGGUGAAAAAAAAUCCACUUUUCUAUUGAACAUUUGAUUCCUGGGUUAGUUCUUUAAAAAGUGAAAUAAUUUAUUAUUUUCCUAAUUUAAAAAACAAAACAAAAUAAAUGACUGCAGCAUUGAGCAUAAACCAAGCAUUAUCGCUGAAAGCAUGAACAACUCUACAAUACAAACAAUAAUCACCACAUUCAAAAAAAUAAACAACAAAAAUAAUUGAAUGAUACAAAUAUUUCAAGUUAAUGUGCACUCGAAAGCUUCUGUGUCGUUCAGGCUUCUCUUUAUGCAGAAAUACAACAAGAAAAAAAUCCAAUUGAAUUUGACACCGACACCCGGAAAACGUCGUGGAUGCCGAUUUAGCGAUUCAAUCAUGACAUCGAUACUCUAGGAGACGAGUGCACAUUUCCGACUAUUCAUUAGUAAUUUUAUGGAUCAUUGUGUAAUAGCUGUUCUGGCCAACCUGCCAAGCGGCUUCAAAACCAUACGCAACAUAUUUAAGAAAACAAAAGCAUAAUAUAUUCUCUCAAAAUAUAAGCCAAACCAAUGUUAAAAAUUCAAAACACUAAAUUUUCGGUAUCCUUAAGUAUAAAUCCCUAAAAGAAAAAAAAAGUCAACAAAAAAGCAAAAUAUUGUAUUUCACCAGUAGUGGCAUCGUUGUGAAGAGCGUUGAGAAACUCUGCAUAAACAUAAAAAUUGCUUCUCUUUGUGUAGUUACAUCAACAAGACUUACCUUGCGCAUCAGAACUGUUCUCAGUUCGUUUAAGAAUUUUCUAUAUGCAGAUUAUUAUUAUUUUCCUUUUUCUAAAGAACAAGUUUUUCGCGAAUUUGGUCAAUAUUUUCUCGAAAGAUGCGUGUUGUGUGUGGGAGUGAUAAUUUUAUUUCCAUUGCAUUGGCAAACUAGCAGAAAUUAUGGAAGAAACAGCUGUGCACUACAAACAGCAUUUUAGGUUUAGCUAUCGAUACUAGAUCGACUAUUCGGGAUAGCAACAAGCAGGUUUGAGCUUGAAAGUUUCGUUCGAAACCCUUCUAUUAUCUUACUGUUUACCGAAUAGCACAUGCAUCAGAACAAAAUUUAAUCGAUCCUGCAUAAUAAUCAAGAAGGAAAGGACAUAUUCAAAAAAUAAAAUCACUGAAGCAAAUUAAUAAAAUCACACCCCACAAAGAUUACAAAUAUUGAAAUUGCAAGUAAACUGGCUACAAUAUAGAACAAAAACGGAUACCGACGUAACUGUGCAUAAUUGUGAAAGAUAAACUUCUUACAAUUGGUAAAAUAAAUCCAGGCAAAAUCUGAGUUUAAAAACCAA